AUGUUGACAAUCGGAACAUCGGCAUCAAACAAUGAGAUAAGACAAUCAGCCGUAACUAAGACUCCAUCGAGAAAUACUUGGAUUUAUGGAAGUACGUAUGUUGAAAAUUUUGAUGAUAUUUAUGAUUUGGACGAUAUAAUUGGAAGUAAUAAAGUUUUUUACAUUAAUGAUAGGGGUCCACAUACUGAAGUUUACAAAUGUAAAUUGAAAAAUCGAGAAACAAUUCGUACUGUCAAAUUAUAUCAGAAAAAUGUUGUUUUACGCGAUAUUUUAGAAACUCCGACACAUUUUUACUUUGUCGGAGAUUAUAUUGAUGGUAUUAAUCUUAUUGAAAAAAUUAUUCGAAGUGAUGUGUAUACCGAAUAUGAUUUAUCAAAAUAUUGUAAACAAAUUUUAAUUGCAUUACAGUAUAUUCAUAAUAAAAAUUUGUAUCAUGGAAAUUUGAAAGCAGAAAAUAUAUUAAUUCAUGAUGAACAAUUAUGUUUAACAGAUUAUACGUACGCAAAUUUAUUUCAACGUAAUGCUUUGUCACAAUUAGUUAAUGUUAGUCCACGUUAUUGUGCUCCAGAAUUGUUACGUGGUGAAGAGUUUACAUCAUGUUCUGAUAUGUGGAGUUUGGGUAUACUCCUAUUUUAUUGUUUAACGGGUACAUAUCCAUUUGGAAGUACACAUAAACAAAUAUUUCAUAAUAUAUUGAAAGAAAAAAUUGAUUAUACUAUUCUAGAAUGGAAUCAUGUAUCUGAAAAUGGCCAAAAUUUUGUUGCUCGAUUACUCAAAUUUCUGCCAAAAGACCGAAUGACAGUCAAUCAGGCAUUACAACAUCCUUGGAUUAGAGAAAAAAUAUAUAAAUCAACAAAUUUACAAGAAGCACAAAGAAAAAUCACCGAGAUACGCAAUGACACGCAAUGA